AUGAUCGUUCGUCCGGUCCGUGUUCUACAAGCUACGAGGAUGAUCUCCACGCUUGUUGGGCAGAGUGGUCGCGAGUAUAACCUCCAAAAAGUGCUCCAACGGCACCCCAAGAAGCCUGAACUUAGCGUUUGCCUUGCGCUCUGUGACAAGACACCCUACGUCGUGAAGCCCGUCUCAGAGUUCAUCUUAGAGCAUCUGCAAGAGUUUCGAGCCGAGUUUGAAGGUCAUCCCCGUCUUCGCAUUCAUGUGGACAGGAUCGAAAAAGAGAACAUUCUCGUUUACGAAUACUUCAAAUCAGAUUUGCUCGCAUUGGUAGAGAAUUACCCUCCGCUUCCGUUGAUAGCGAGGAAAAAGAUACUGAAUGAGAUCGGAAAAAUACUUACUGAAAUGCAUGAGAAGAAUUGGAUUCACCUGGACGUGAAACCGGACAAUAUCUUCCUCAAUUGCCCGGAAGGACAUCUGGGAAGAGGCGUAGGAAAGCCUUCUGAAGUCUUCUCUUUUGCUCUCUUGGUAGUGAAGGAGAACGACGGGAAUGGGAAUUUUGCGGAUUGGACAGAGGACGUGUUUCCUAACCUCACGGACGAAGCAAAGAGGCUGAUCUUAAGGAUGACCAAUCUCGAUCCGGCCAAGAGGGCAACGAUGUCAGAGAUCGUCAAGGAUAGUUAUUGGGUCGAAGAUGACAAGUCUUGA